AUGGUGGCCUCAAGAAAUGGGUCGUUUGCAGGCUCACUGCUGCUCGCUGCGGCCAACCUUCUAAUACCGCUGUCUAUCCUGGUUUUUGCCACUGGAUUCUUCCCGUAUAAGCCUUUUCUUCCUGGUCUGGCGGAAUUUGAGCCUCUCGAAUAUGGACCUCCGCCCAAGGCUCCCUUUGAUAGACUCGUAUUCAUGGUGGUUGAUGCGUUGCGGAGCGAUUUUGUAUUCUCUGAGGAGUCUGGAUUUGAAUAUACUCAGCGCCUCAUUCGAGAUGGCAGUGCCAUCCCCUUUACAGCAAAUGCUCGAUCACCGACGGUGACAAUGCCUCGAAUCAAGGCCAUCACCACUGGAUCGAUUCCUUCUUUCGUCGACCUGAUUCUCAAUUUUGAUGAGGCUGACACUUCUUCAACAUUGGCUGCCCAAGACACAUGGCUAUCUCAGCUCAAAGCCAAAGACACUGGCAAGCUCCUCAUGUACGGUGACGAUACGUGGCUCAAACUGUUUCCUGAGACGUUUGACCGCCACGACGGAACCUCUAGCUUUUUCGUCGCAGACUUUACAGAGGUGGACAAUAAUGUGACGAGACACAUCAACGAUGAACUUGAGAAGGAUGACUGGAGUUUGAUGGUUCUACACUAUCUUGGCCUGGAUCAUAUUGGCCACAAGUCGGGACCCCGAAGCACGCACAUGCCUGGUAAGCAGCACGAGAUGGAUGGCAUUGUCCACCAGCUGUUCAAUGCCCUUGAGACCAAGAGCCACCUGCAGUCGACGCUGCUCGUUCUCUGCGGCGAUCACGGUAUGAAUGACGCAGGCAACCACGGAGCAUCAUCCCCUGGAGAAACAUCGCCCGCUUUAGUCUUUCUGUCGCCGAAGCUCAAGGAAAUAUCGUCCGGAUAUCCGGCCCCUGCGCAACCCAAGAACGAGUACGACUACUAUUCCAUGGUUGAGCAAUCCGACAUCUCGCCGACUCUUGCCGCGCUCAUGGGAUUUCCCAUCUCGAAGAAUAACCUUGGGGCGUUCAUCCCGGAGUUUUUGCCCUUUUGGCCGAGUUCGAGCGAUAAGGUGCAGAUUCUUAUUCGCAACGCGAGACAGAUCCUCAACAUUGUCACGGCGGCGUUUGGAAGCGAGCUCUUUGAUCUCCGGGCUUCUGUCGACCCGUGCGUUUCCACAUCUUCGGAUGUUGAUGAACUGGCCUGCGAGUGGCGCAAGAUCAAUUCACAGGCCACUUCACAGGCUGGUGCCAAAGAGGUGGACCAGGCGUGGCUCUCGGCUACGUCUGCUUGGAUUCGCAAAGCUCAAGAUCUGAUGAGCAGUAUGGCGUCCAACUACGACAUGUCGAGAUUGUCUCUCGGCCAGGGACUGUCGGUUGCUGCCGUGAUUGCCAGUGUUGCAAGCUUGGCGUCGUAUGGACCCAUGAUGUUUGCCAGUAGCUAUGUGGAAGAGGAGCAUCAUUUCUGGUACUGGACGUCAACUAUAUGGUUGGCUUACCUCGGUGUUAAGGAGGUUCAAAGAUCUUCACGUUUCUCUUCGAUAUCGAACCACGUAGUAGCCUUGGCUGCCCUAAGGCUCAUCCGCAGCUGGAACCAGACGGGCCAGAAAUUCGCCGGUGAACCAGACACUGUCAAAACAUUCCUCAUUCCCAACCCUGAAAUUCUUUGGGCGCUCAUCACUUUGGUGUAUGUCGUCGUGACUUUCCAGACUCUGCAGAGCUUAUCUGGUCUGCCAUAUAUCCUGGCUACAUCUCUGAUGCCGGCUGUAUUCUUGGCAACGUUCACUUUCAAACUCGCUUUCACUGCGGAGGAUGCACCUGAGUUGGUUGUGGGAUUUGCUCACGACCUCCUCGACAUCUUUCAAGGUCCAUCUCUCAUCUUCAGAGCGAGGAUCAUAUUUGGCCUACUCGCAGUCUUAUACGGUUUCGCCAUAUAUCGAGCAAAAACCGGCGGCCCUCGAGCCUCCCAAUCCUCCGUCGAACUAGUCCACCAUCUAUGCACCCUCCUCGCAAUGACCCAAUCCCGCGCCACAAACAUCCCCCUCUUCCUCCUCUCCAGCAUCAUCCUCCAAACCCUCCAAUCAACAACCCUCUCCAUCGCCGAAAUCACCGCAACCUCCAUCGUCCUCCAGUACACAACCUUCUUCGCCUUUGGCGGCUCCAACGCAAUCUCCUCCGUCGACCUCUCCAGCGCAUACAACGGCAUCAGCGGCUUCAACGUCUUCGCCGUCGGCGCACUAACUCUCAUCAGUAACUGGGCGGGGCCUAUCUUCUGGACUUCGGCGACGAAUAUGUUGCUUCUGCAGAAAUAUAGAGAAGGGAAGACGGAUGCGUUUAAGAAUCAUGUCAUUUUGUUGACGAUUUUCGUGUCGAUGAGUGUGGCGUUUGUGAUUGCGGCGUGUACGGCGCUGAGAACACAUUUGUUCAUCUGGACGGUGUUUUCGCCAAAGUAUUUGUAUUGUAUGGCGUGGAGCCUGGGGCAGCAUUUGUUGAUUAAUGUUGGCUUUGGGAGCUUUUUGUUCUGGGUGGGCACUUGA